GUGCAGUUGCGAUUCGCACUGUCGUCAGUGACCUCAUGGCGGUCAGUAGACGGCGACUUUGAUUACAUACAGUUCUGGUACAUUAUUGUAGACUUUUUCGAAUGCCCCCCCGGUCGAGUCGCGCAGCGCAACGUUGAUCGGCUCCUGGCGUGGUGGACAAGGUAUGUCUGA